AUGGAAUAUCCUAAGCUCAAACCUCGUCGCUCAAGGCUCCAGGAUGAGACUUUAGAGAGUAUAUCUAACUUCAAUGAUCUUUCGUUAAAUAACCAAUUACAGGGAAGCCCCAGAAAUGAGAAUAUACAGAGCGGUAAUGGUAUAGAAGUGAAGCAUGGAUAUUUAUACAAUGGAUCAGACAUUGGUACAUCUAUAAAUGUGAAGAGUUCGAAAUUUGAUGACUCCAAUUACAAUUCAAUUCAAGAACAUACUAUUGACCAUGAAGAUGGUAUAACCCAAAAAGAUGGUGAUGAAGAUGGAAAUAUAGAUGAUGGUCAAUUUGAUGAAAAUACUAAUGAAGUUAAUGAAUACUGGACGAAUGAAACUAGAGAUGGAAUGAUACAACAAGACCAAGAGGCAAAUCCAGAGUUUGAUAACGACCAGGACCAGGCAGAAUCAAAUGAUGAUGAUGGUGAAGAUGAUGAAGAUGAAGAUGAAGAUGAUGACGAUGCCAAUGAAUUUCUCAACUCAAGCACGUUUCUGUCUAAUUCACAAAUCAUAAGGUCAAAGAAUCUCAACAACUUACAAUCCAUAAAUCAUAGAAGUAUUUCAAGUCCAACACCAGCGCUUAAGAAUUCAACUCCAAAACAUAAAACCCAUUUCAAUUUCAACAAAUCCAGAAUAGACUCUUCUCAAUUAUCAGAUAACUCAGAUCAAAGUGGUGAUGAACAGAAUGAUGAGAACCGUGAUUAUAACAACAAGAGUACUAUCGAUCUUGAUAACCCUAAUUCAACACCCAAGAUACCCAAAAUGCAUCCAGAUACAACUCCAUGGAGGAAACUACGACCAGCUAGUGCCUUACACACAAAGGAUCAACAAUCCAUACAUCCUUUGCCAUCAUCAAAAGCAAAUGAUUUGAAUUUUAUGAAAUCUUUAUUUGAUGAAAACACAAAUGAGGUUAAAUCACCAAUAAGAUCAGUAUCUUUAUUCGAAACUGGUAUCGGUAAAGGGACUGAUAGUUUAGGAUCAACAACUGUUGGGUCAUCGUUUGAAGUGGAAAGCCUUAAAAAACAAAUAACAAGUUAUAAACUGCAACAAAGACUGUUAACAGAAUUCAUAAGAAAUAUAAUGAACUCUACAGGAAACAGUGAAGAAAUAAAGAAUGAUUUUAUGGAACGUCUGGAGAGGGAAAAUAAUUUGCUAUUCAGUGAACGCUCAAAACUUCAGAAAGAUCUGAAAAAUAAUCAAAAAGCUCGUGAAGAAGAUCAAUCAUCAAAACUUGCUGAAAAGGAUAAAGAAAUCGUGGAGUUGAAGAAUGAUUUGAUAACAACCUGUGAUCUAAAUAAUGAUUUAAACUCAUAUAUUGAUGAAAUUAAAGCUCGUGCAGACCAACAAGGUGCAUUGAUUGAUAAAUCAAAUGAAGAUUCUGAUAGAUGGGAAUCUUUAGUUAAUGAAAUUUUGACAUUAUUGCUGGAUGUUUUGAAAGGUGAAUCAGCUAAAGCGGUAUUACAAGCAAGAGAUCAAUCAAGUUCUUUAGAUACCAAACUCAAAGUCAUUUCAUUAGCUAUAAAUGAAAUUUUAAAGGACUAUAAAGAGUUAUCAAACAAUCUUUCCAAAAUGGGUGACUAUAAUAUUGAUGAAGUUAAUUCAUUCAUUUCUGAAACCAAGGAUAAACUUAGCAACUCUCAUGCUGUUGAAAAUGAGCUAAAGUCUUUAUUACAAAAGCAAUCAGAGGCAUCUAAUGCUUUGAAACAUGAAUUUAUAGCACUUCAAAACCAGUUUAAGGAGAACUUGUUAUUUGUUGCUAGUCUGAAGAAGCUAUUAGGUGAAAAGAGGGAUAAAAUUGGAGAGUUAAAUGGUACAAUAAUACGAUUGGAAUCAGAGUUGGAAGAUCAGUCGAAUCAAAAAUCACUUCAAAAUGGAAAUGAGAAAGAGACUCAAUUGUUGAAGAAUAGAAUCAACAUUAUUAAAACAAAUCAUUCAAAAGAUCUUGAAAAAAUGAAUGCUGAAAUUGACAAUCUAAGACUGGAGAUUGAUGAAUUGAGAAAUAAGCCUUCAAGAGAUCUUAAACCUUCUACUAGCCAUGACUUAUUAAAACAAAAACAGGAUGAAAUAUAUCAAUUGACCAAAGAUGUUGAGAUAUUACAAGAAGAAUUGGAAUCCAAAGAUGACCAGGUCAAUGGUGUUGUGUCCAACUUGAAGUCUUUAGUUCGUCAAUCCAAGGAUGAUUAUGAUGCAUUGGUUCAAGAUUACCAUCAUCUUCAACAACAAUUUAAAGAUCUGCAAAGUGAAAAAGUUUCUAAAGAUAAAGAAUAUAGAAGAAAAUUAGAACAUGCAGCAAAAGAAUUAAAUCUGGCAGUUGCUAAACAAAGAAGUCUUGCAGCUGAGAAGAGUAAAUUGACGUUUUCUCUUGAGGAUUCCAAAAGAGAGCACUCAUUACUAAAACUGAACAAUAGUACAUUAACUGAAAAAGUUGGAAAAUUAAGUUAUCAAGUCUCUACUUUAACAAAUUAUGAACUGGGAUUCAAUAGUUUAUUUCAAUCACAAGUUACAAAUUUUGAGAAUUUGUUACAUCAUUUUGAUUCAAUAUUAGAAGAAUCUUCAGUUCAUCAAGCACAACAAAAAUUGAAUAAAUUAUUAGAUUCUCAUUUAGAUUUUGAUCAAGCACAAGCGGUGAUGAGAUCUUUAACAUCAUAUUUUGAAAAUGCUACAAGUUCAUUAAUUGCAGAUCAUUCACAAUUAUUAAUCAACUCAAAUGUUGAAAACAAAGAGUCACAAGAUGAGCUAAAUAAACUGAGAGAUCAAGUUGAUUCGUUAACGGAAGAAUUACAAUGGUAUAUUGUCAAUUUUAGAGAUCGCAAUGAUCUGAGUCCAAGAUCAAAGUUAAGAAUUGAAGAAUUAGAAAGAAGGAAAAAGGCAGAAAGAGAACGUAGAAAACUUGAGAAUGAAGCUUCAGCUGAGACAAUAAGACGGUUAGAAAAGGAAAAUUCAGAGUUGAGAGAGAAGCUAAAACAAUUGAGAUAG